AUGAAUUAUUCUCCCGAGUCUCUAGGUCUAGAUACUGAAGACAGCGAAUCCACACUCUGGCCGCUCUUCCAUCUUCUGGAUAGUUGCGCCAGAAGCGAGGGUACCAGCACGCCUGCUUGGGCGGCACAGGGAAUCCAGCAAUGCUGCCAAGGGUGCCCGGAAGAACACCUUGGAGGAUUUCUGUUCGGUUUCUGGGGUCUGCUUUUGGACCUGGUACGAGAAAUCGACGUUGAUCAUCCAGCAAUGGAUUUGUUAGCAGAAGUUGUUGCAGAACUCAAGAAGCUGCCAUCGAUCAAGGUCAAUGUUCACAACGAAGAAAAGCUGCUAUGGACAGACCUUCCGGUUCUUGAGAUGGAACUACUUGAAAGAUUUACCGCCCACGAAUAUGGCGAUGCAUCAUUGAUAAAGGAGUAUCAGGAUGAACAUAUUCGCAUCAACUCAUUUGCUGCUAGACUUCUCCCACUUGGUCUUAGCAGUACGCGUCCUACCGAGGCCCUGGAGUAUACUCUCGAACGAGAGCCUUGCAUGGACUGGGACCUUGAAGCAGCAUCUGAGUAUAUACUCAGAGCUGGCAACACUAUCUUUGAGCAUUUGGACGACCCCAGAUUCACCGAAUUGGGGUACGAAGGGGGUCCUCUUUAUACUGGCACCAAGGGUGUAAACAUGGAAAGAUGGAACUUUUGGAAGAAGCGUUUUCGCGAGUGUGGAGAGGCCGCAAGCCCGGAUAGCAAGGCUCACCAGAAAGCACUUGAAGCCUCACGGAAGAUGGACAUCAUAGAAGCGCAAGCAGAGCACUAA